AUGGCGAUUCUGGAUACAUUACAGUUGACGAGUCAAGUGGAGAAAUUAGCGCAGGUCAGUCGCGAUCUCCGACGAAAGCAUAAGCAGCUUCAAAAUCAGAUGCGCUUAGUAUGCGAGGAACGUACAGAGUUAACGGCCAUAGUUCAGUCCCAGCAGCGUGAUAUAACGACCCUUCAGCAAUCAGAUGCACAUAACAAGAAGUGCACAUCAUGCGGGGUCGCGUUGCCGGACGGAGACGACGAGGACCAAUCGUCCAAGCCGACGUUCAGCGUGCGUGAACUACGUGCUAUACUGCAUGAGAGGAACGAGCUGAAGCUCAAACUGAACCGUGCCGAGGAGCAGUUGCAGGCGUUACAGGUUGAGCCGCAGCCGGAUAGCGGCUCAGAUACGUCGCCAUCAAUAAGCACUACUGCGGUGGAGGAGGACGAAGCACCAGUGCAAGGGCCGCUGCCCGCCGAGCCCGACGACGCGCCAUGGAAGCGAAACAGUGGAAUCAGGAAGUUG